AUGUCGUCUAUUCUUGCAAAAGUUGGCUUGACAGCAAGCGCUAGCUUUGUUUUCUCACGAUGCUGCAGUAGCAUUGCUCCAUUCGAACUGCUGGCUCGCUGCUUCCACUCAUCUCAGUCAUGGUACACACCGUACAAUGAUCGAGCUGCGAAAAAUGCCAAAGCCCGCGAGAAGUACGCCAACGACCCAGAGUAUCGCAAAAAGAAAAUCCAGCAAGCCACUGAGCGGAACCGCCAGAGAUAUAUAAAUGACCCAGCUUACCGCGAAUAUCUCCGUCAGGCCACCACGAGAUUGAGAGCUAGAAAUCGACCCGAGCACGUGCAGAAGUUUCUCAACGAUGCAGAGUAUCGCAACUCCCUGAGAAGAGAGCGCUUAAGAAGUAGCGCAUCUACACAGAAAACACAUGUCAAUUUCAAAGAGAACGUCAACAAUUGUCAUCAGAGAGACUUGCUUUUCCACUGGGUUUUGAAUGCAAAAUGGCGACGUCGACUCGUUUGGGAAACACACGAGCCAUUGGUAUCCGAGGAGCGCGAAGGCACGCCAGGACGGCUUUGGUGGCGACGGAAGAAGGUUGGUGAGAAGUCUGCUGGCAAUACAGACGAGCAAUCUAGCGAGCAGAUGCUCAACUGCCAUUCCUGUUUCUGUGACAUGGACUGGGAGAAAGCCUUGCCACUAGGCUACAGAGGGCAUGUCUUUGGUAGUGGGAAACGCCUCAAGCAGCCGGACUGGGACAAUUAUCCUCCUCCAUCACCUUCCUCCUCGCCGUAG